AUGGUUGCUUUCAAGUCUAUUCUCGUGCUCCUUGCUCUUGGGGCCGAUGCCCUUGCUGGCCCUGAAAAACCUUUAUCCUCGACUUGCAGUACCUACCUUGGUUCCAAGACUGUCAAAAAUGUACCUACUGCCACGACCACCGCAUUUAAGAAUAUAACCGUCACCAAGAAGGUUAUUCGCAGGGUUAACAUAGUUGUUGUCCCUCAACCCAAAACGACCACUGUCCGCACCAUGGCCACCAAUACAAUCACCCACACUGACUAUGGCGAGGUUGCCACUGUCACCGCCACUUCGGAAAAGUCCACCCAGACCAACCUCAGGACAUCCUGGUCAACAAAGACAUCCACUUCCUGGACCACCACCACCAAGUCAUUUACGUCCACCGUCACCACCACACCUGUGGGAUUCACAGCCAUUCUCGAUGAUGCAUCGUACAUCAUGAAGCGUGAUUUACUUGUAGAGAGAGACCAAGGAGGCAAUGUCUCUCCUCCCGUCGUGAAUACUCUCCCCGGCGGUGAUCUUCCCCAGAGUGUCCGCUGUGUCAAGGAUAUCCCCAAGUACUCGUCCAAGACAGUCACUAUAAACGUUCAGGGCCCUAGGCGCACUCUCAAUGCUGCGACCAAGACCAAGACAUUGACAUCUUUGACAAGCGUGACAACCACAGUCUAUCCUGAAGCAAGUUUCACCGAGACGAUCACUGAAUAUCAUCAAGUCGUCACAACCGACGUUGAAGUCACAUUGACUACCACAGUCCCUGAGAUUGUAACCGUUGAAAGCUGGAUACCACAGGCGACCGUCUACGACAUCUGCGGCAGCAGAAACAUGCUGCGAACAGCCAACGACGGAGGCUCUGUUGGUACAUACCGGGAUGCCGAUGGAGUGUCUUAUGCCGACCUGGGCAAAGGUUUCAAUGAGGUCUCAUGCUGCAACGCGUGCGCGGCGGAUCCUUACUGCCGAGGAACUAAUUAUGACCCUCGUAACACUGCCUGUUACGCAUAUAUCUCGCGCGACAAGUCCCAGUGUUCGACUUCUCGUAAUCUCCUCGCUAGAUAUGUUACGUGGCUCUUCGAGGGUGGUGGUGUUUUCUCAAAUGGUCCUUGCGGCUUUUGGGAGAACGGGGGCAGAUUCACAGUUUGA